CCGUAGUUACGUACAAAGUAGUAGGCGCGCGCACUCCGGUGUCCCGUCAAUGCUAAGCUAACACCAGCAGUCGUUAUUAUAGUUUAAAGUGUGCACAACGUUUCUGUUUCAAUGGAGAGUAUAAAUGCAAAGUACGUGUCCCAGAAAAUCAGUAAGACCAGAUGGCGACCAGUAUCACAUUCGUCUCUACAGCAACCAGAUAUCUUUGCGACUGGCUCGUGGGAUAACGAGGACAACAAGAUUUCCUUUUGGUCCAUUGGGAAUCAUGGAAGUUCUGGCAUGGAUGAUGGAUUUGAAGGAGAUCCACAGCUUUUAUGUGAACACAAGCACGAUGGAGAUGUUCUGGACCUUCAAUUUCUGGACCAAGACAGAAUCGUCACGACAUCAUCAACUGGAGCAGUCACCAUCUACCGCCACCACCAAAAGAGUCAGACAAUAUCAGUUUCUCAGCGCUGGCUAAGAGCACAUCGUUACCCUUGUGACAACGCUCCCUGCACUGGUGUUGUGUGCAGCAGCCCUGAGAUCGUUACAGUUGGUGAAGAUGGUAGGAUCAUCAUCUUCAGAGCCGACCAGGAGGGAGUGAUUCGUGUCAUAGAGAACGCAGACAGCAGCACAAUUCAUGCUGUGACGUACCUGAGGACAACAGAGAUUCUGACAGUGAACUCUAUUGGACAACUCAAGCUGUGGGACUUAAGACAACAGAGCAACUCGCCAUCCCAAAUUCUCUCCCUGUCAGGGGAUAGAGUCCCUCUGCACUGCGUGGACAGACAUCCGAACCAGCAGCACAUCGUGGCCACAGGAGGCCAGGACGGCAUGCUGUGUGUCUGGGAUGUGAGACAAGGCAACACACCCUUCUCGCUCAUGGAGGCACACUCUGCUGAAAUGUGGGAAGUCCACUUCCACCCAACCAACCCAGAUCACCUGUUCACGUGCUCAGAGGACGGUUCACUGCUGCACUGGGAGACUUCCGCACAUUCAGACAUGCCCUCCUUCUUACAAGGUGGCAGGAACAACAGCAUGAUAUCUCGCAGUGCAAUGGCCCCGGCGGGAGGGAACCAGUCCCUCAUCAGUGCCUGGCUCAGCGGAGACACCAGUAAAGGCCGUCUGGAGACGACUCACAUGCUGCCCAGCCAGACGCUGUCUGUCAACAGUUUGGACGUACUUGGACAAUGUCUCGUCUGUGGGACCGACGGAGAAGCCAUUUUUGUCAAUAGACAGGUCCCAGUUUAAAAGAGUUGCGAGAGUGCAGCAUGAGAUGUGGAUGAAUGUCUGUUUAUUUGCUGUCAAUCACAACAGAGGUUUUAUUGUCUCGCUUGAUCACACAGUGUGCCCAGAAUACUGUUUUCAAAAGUGUGCUUAUGACAUUUUGGUUUUUCUUGUCUGUCAUAUAAUGUUGCAUACACACUAUAUUUGUGCAUUUUUGGAUGGGUUAAUCAGUGGAUCAAGGUUUUUGUAGAUCAUUCCAAGCAGAGUAUAUCAGCUCUGUUGUGCUUUUGUUUUGUUUUGAAAUAAAAGAAAAUAAAUAAAAAGCCUUUACAUAAAAA